AUGGGGCCCACUGGUUUUGUGGCGGCGCGUGUAGGUUGCGUGGAGCUCCCCCUGUGGCGGCUGUGGGUACUGCAUGUGCGCCUGCUGCUACUCCUACUGCUGCCCCUGGUGGCCGACGGCGGUCGUGUGCGUGAGCGUCCCUGCCCGCUCGCCUGCCGCUGCGAUGGCAAGAUCGUCUACUGCGAGUCCGGAUCCUUCCGGGACGUUCCGGCCAACGUGUCGACGGGUUGCCAGGGGCUGUCGCUACGCUACAAUAGCCUGGGGGGCCUGAGGGGGGGGCAGUUUUCGGGCCUGGGGCAGCUGGUCUGGCUCUACCUCGACCACAAUCACAUCACCACCGUCGAACCUGCAGCCUUCGGGGGCGUGCGGAGGCUCAAGGAACUCAUACUCAGCUCCAAUAAGAUCUCAGCGCUCCACAACAGUACGUUCCACUCGCUCCCCAAUCUGCGUAAUCUGGACCUGAGUUACAAUAAGCUGCAGGCUCUCCAGCCGGGUCAGUUCCGGGGGCUCCGGAAGCUUCUGAGUCUCCAUGUGCGCUCCAACGGCCUCCGCACGCUUCCCCCGCGCAUCUUCCUGGACUGCCGCAGCAUGGAGCUGCUGGACCUCGGAUACAACCGCAUACGCAGCUUGUCCCGGACCACGUUCGCUGGUCUCCUGAAGCUGACUGAGCUGCAUCUGGAGCAUAAUCAGCUGUCGCGCGUCACGCUGGCGCACUUCCCUCGUCUCAUCCAGCUGAGGGCGCUAUACCUGCAGUGGAACCGAAUACGCACACUCACCGCCGGACUCAGCUGGACCUGGACCUCUCUGCAGAAGAUGGACCUAUCAGGAAACGAGCUGACUGUUCUAGAACCCGGAGUGUUCCGCUGCUUAAGGAACCUGCACACGCUCAACCUGGACUCCAACCGCCUCAACAACAUAACACAGGAGGUGGUGGACGCGUGGCUCUCGCUCUCCACCCUAAGCCUGGCCAGUAAUGCAUGGGACUGCGGCGUUGCGGUCUGCCCCCUAGUGGGCUGGCUGAAGACCUACAGCAGUGGCCAGGGAGGUGACCUCAUGGCCGUGAUGGUGUGUGCGUCUCCUAAGGAGGCCCAGGGGAACAAGCUGUUGGAGGUGGUGGAGGCAUCUGGAGUCUGCAGCAGCAGCAGAAGCAUGACCCCACCUCCUCCCCGCGCGCCUCCUCCUGACGCCUCCACGCCCCCCGGGGGUCCUCCUGGCGCCUCCUCCCCAACGCUGCUGCUCCUCCCCCCCGGUGCUCGGCCUCCCGCCUCCCCAUCCCCUCCCCUCCCCUCCAUCCCGGACACCGACUUCGAGCACGUCUCCUUCCACAAGAUGGUCGCCGGGGGCGUGGCCUUGUUCCUGUCCCUCGCCCUCAUCCUAUUGGUCACCUACGUGUCGUGGCGACGGUAUCCGAGCAGCGUGCGUCAGCUUCAGCAGCGGUCGCUAGUGGGUGGCGGCGGGGGUCGUAAGCGGCGCAGGAAGGGCGGGGGUGGCGGUGGGGGGGGGGAGAGCGGGCGGUCUCUGGCCCCCCCCCUCCAGGAGUACUACCUGUGUGACUAUAACAAGCACGACCACCAGGAGGCGCCACUGCAGGUGGACAUGGACAUGCUGGUGAACGGGUCCACCCCUUGCACGUACACUAUAUCGGGGUCACGGGAGUGCGAGGUAUGA